UUUCUGCCCUGGUUUUAUGUACAUACACACUCUUUCUUGCCCAAAUUGUUGAUGCAUGCCACAUUAAUUUUCUUUCUGCAAUUCUACAAAAUUUUCUGUAUGGACUCAUUUAUGUUUAAUGAUCGCAUCCUUGUAGUAGUGCAUCUCCAGAUAAUCCACCUUAUUUGAGACUGCUUCAUAAGUCUUUUAUCUGAUUAGUGCUGAGAAUUCAGAAUCAAUGAGCGAUGAAAUUGCGAUAUAUCAUGAGAAUCAAUUUAAUUGAAGUAUUAUUCUAUUGACUCAUAAGCUGCCCUAUAAUCCAGCACUAAAUAAUGUAAUUAGCUUGACCACCUUUUACACGUAAACAAUAAAUACCAAGAGUUAGUAGAUAACGGGAUAUUAUCUUUAGAACUACUUGUUCACAAAAUAUCUUUGAAUGAAGAAACCCCUCUGCAUUUUCCAUCCUGAAAGUUUGUGGUUGCAGGUCCUCCACAGGGCAUUUCACUGUAUACUGGAACCAUGGGGUGUUGGUGAACAAAUAAUCGGCUGUCUUGUGGCACCUCUUCAUGCAGGCAUCCAUGUCAUCGAAAGGUUGAAGGGAAAUGGAGCCUCUUAAUGCUGAUUCUCACCUUCAUGGUAUAUUAUAUCGUCGAAUUCUCAUUUUUGCAAUUUGGUUAUGUGGUUUCCAGCAAGUAGUGUCACAGAAAGUAGUACUUAAUCCAAAAUCCAAUGUUCCUGAUAAAUUUGUGCUGUCUGAUCCGCCAAGUGGGCUCUUUGAUCCUAUAGAGAUCUCUCCUGCUGUCAUUCCACGUAAUCCAUAUCCAGUAGAACCACUAUCACCAAUGUAUCCAUCCUUUCCAAGCACAUAUGAGCCAGUUCUGACUGGGAAAUGCCCUGUAAAUUUUUCUUCAAUCUCAGAUGUUGUGGACAAGACUGCAUCUGACUGUUCUGCACCCCUAGCAGCAUUAGUCGGGAAUGUUGUUUGUUGCCCCCAGGUUAAUAGUUUGAUGCACAUUUUUCAAGGAACUUACGGUAGUGGAUCUGAUACUCUUGUUCUGCAUCAGGCUACUGCUAAUGAUUGUUUUUCAGAUGUCAUUAGUAUAUUAGCUAGCAGAGGAGCAAACAGUACUAUCCCUACACUUUGCUCUGUAAAGUCAUCAAAUCUUACCGGUGGUUCGUGUCCUGUGAAGAAUAUUACAUCAUUUGAGAAAUCAGUCAACACAAGCAAACUGCUAGAUGCAUGCAGUACUGUUGACCCACUUAAGGAGUGCUGCAGGCCGGUCUGUCAACCUGCAAUUGUGGAAGCUGCACUUCACAUCUCCCUAGGAGGAGCAAGUAUGUUCGAGAAUUCUAAUAUUCCUGGGAGUGGCACUGAGGUCAAUGUUGUCAAUGAUUGUAAGGGGGUGGUGUAUGCUUGGCUUUCCAGGAAGCUCUCAGCAGAGGCUGCUAACACUGCUUUUCGGAUAUUAUCUGGCUGCAAAGUUAACAAAGUUUGUCCUUUGACAUUUGAAGAGCCUUCAUCAGUUAUCAAAGCAUGUCGCGAUAUGGCUUCUCCAAAUCCCUCCUGCUGUACUUCAGUAAAUACUUAUAUUGCUGCAAUACAAAAACAGAUGCUGAUAACAAACAGGCAAGCCAUCAACUGCGCAACACUCCUUGGGUCAAUGCUACAGAAAGGUGGUGUUAUGUCAAAUGUAUAUGAACUUUGUGGUGUUGACUUGAAAGACUUCAGCCUUCAAGCAUAUGGGCAACAAGGUUGUCUGCUUCGGAGUUUACCAGCAGACAUUGUACUCGAUAAUGUUACAGGAUUUAGCUUUACAUGUGACUUGAGUGACAAUAUUGCUGCACCAUGGCCGGCCUCAUCCUCUCUUUCGUCCCUGUCUCUUUGUGCCCCUGAGAUGUCAUUGCCUGCAUUACCAAUACCCCAGACCUCUAGAAGCUCAGAUAUCUACUUCAACACGUGGAUGAACCCAAGAAGCUUACGAGUGAAGAUGGUCUCAGUGUAACUGAAGUCAUUCCUUCGGAUUUGGUGCACGUGAGGAAAGUAGUUGCUGGUGGAAGCUCCUGCUGAUGAGAGAUGCAAGUUUAAAAGUUGAUGCCUUGGAUGUAAUAGGUGGUGAUCAAUAGGGUGCAUGUAAUCAUGAUAUACAGUGGGACAUGGUGCUUUCUCAAGUUCAAAUUUUAUGUGCAAAUUGUUCAUGCUAUCUAUGGUGCACAACUGGUCAAGGAAGACGUGAAGCUUCUUGAGUACUUGUGGUCAAGUUUGAUCAUGUGACAUGAUCACUGACUCGACGAUUUUUCAAACGUUCCAUAUACUUCCAAAUAGAUGGCUCUGGUUACUAUGGCAUUUCAUGGCACAACAAAGUUCAGAUUAAGUGGGGCUGUUGGAAGGAUAUUUGGAGCUUGAUUUGGAUUUUGGUUUUGACCUUAGUUUUCUGUCUAGAGUUUUAGUUGCACUAGGUUUGGAAUUAUAUGUUGGAUUAAGAUAGAAUCUGGUGGUUUUUGAGGAAUAGCCUGUCUCUUAAAGGAGUGCCUGUAGUAGCAUUUGUGAAGCCAAUGUUUGGUCAUGAUGGAUGGGAUGACAAUACUAGAGUUCGAGUUACAAUGCACUAGCUGUGGUUGGUAGAAGUCAGUGUAAUCAGAGGGACAAAUAAAACUUUAAUCCAUGUGGUGUGGUAUCUUUCCAUCUUUUUUC